UAUGCAAAUGUAUGUAUGUAUAUAUGUAUUAUUGGAAAUCAAUUAACAACACAAAACAAUGACAAAUAUUGUCCAGAAACGCUCACAGGUACUGCAUUUAGCAUAAACAAUAUGCUCAAAUGUUGUUAUGGUGUUUGGGGGAAACUCCACUUUCAAGUUCCUCCAGUGCAAAAGUCGACAGUAAAGAACCAGUUUACGCAGGUUGUGUAGUACUCCCCAUCGUAGUAUAGAAAUAGAAUAGGAGAAGAAAAGACAUUCCCAUUGAAAUCAACGUAGCAGGACGGUCAAAGUGGCGGGCAUUUUUAUGUGUACCGUUGCCAUUGCAACCAGGCUAACUUCCAUAUAAACUGAGUUAUGGCAAGUCGUAGACUCACUGAGAUGAGGUUUUGCAGUAAAAACUAAAACAAGCAGUGGAAUAGUAAUGUUACGAAGCACAGAGAGCCAGAGUUGAUGAGUACAAUUUAGAAACUUAAUACUUCUUCCACACGCUCUCAGGGGAGGAAAGCACAUUGCUAUCACCAGAUGAGUGGCAACUUUGUUCGGCUCAUUUUCUGUAACCAGUGAAGCGUUAAAGCAUGUUGGAAUUAGCAAGCUGCAAGCCACACAGCAUGGUUAGUUAGCUAUCUUGCUAAUUCCACUAUGCUUUAAUGCUACACUGGUGGCCAGUUGCAGGUCUUGAUCUAACCAUCUCUCCGCCUCACUACCUAGAUAACUAGCCAUCCGUGUCUGAAGCUGCAUCUGCUCUCUCUUCGGCGAGCUGCGACCACACUUUACAGCCCCACUAUCAUGUGUUGUUACCAUAACAACUAAGAACAAUCGCCCUUUUCUUUUGUACCGUUAAAAUGACUACGGAAAACUGUGCAAUGAAUGUUCUUCUCCUAUUCUGUUUCAUUGGUGUAAAAUCAGCAGGGUGACCCUUUGAGUUUAAAUUGUGGUUGUUUUCUUUAUGAUGACCUCUGACUUGAGAUCAAAGUGCAACUACCUUUUAUCAGUAGCUGAUACUGUAAGACGGCAAAGAACCAACAGUGUUUUUUUCCCUGUUAAUUUUUGAAAGGCUUUGAUUGUGAGCUGUUGUUAUUACGUAGAUUAUCUGAUGUCUUCACUGUGAUGAAGAACAUCUGCACAUCGUUUGCACUGUAUGCAAUGUAAAUAUAUACUGUACAUGUUUACUGUCCGUGGAUGCUGAGCAUGUCCGUCUUUUCUACUUGAACUCUCUGCAGAGUUAAGAGGAUUUCUGAGAGUCGCUGCUGUAAGAUACUGUAAACAGGAGUGAAAUAGUACCUCCAUAUAGAACAUAUUUUGUGUGUGAUCUGUUUUGCAUUUAGGACCUUUUAGACCAAAAUAAAUGUAGUUUGAUGAAUGCAUAUGCCUCCUCAGCGUGGGAUUCUGAUGUUCUCACUGUGCUGUAGGGAUGAACUUUAUGUUAUCAUGCUGUUCCAUCUACCUUCUCCACUUUCUGCUUGUUCUCUCCAAACAGCAGAGACCUGCAGACAGAUAAAGAGGAGGCUGAUUUAUUAGGAGUCAGAAACAGACAGCCACAUUCAUCUUCUGAUUGUUAUGAUUGCGGUGCGUUCCUCUGCCAUGGCCUGCAGGAAGAGUGAGUUAGUACAUGUCAGCGAGCACAGGUAUGCACUGUGGACACCGGCUGCCUCAUUCACCGACUGCUGGAGCGAGGAAGGAGACGCUUGCAUGCAUGGACUGCAAAACAAAGCUCCACAUCAGCCACAAGGCGGUGAACAAGAAGAAGAAGAAAAAGAACCAGGCAGAAGAGCACAGAUUUGAAAAAGUCUGAGCUGAAAAGAAAAGAAGCUGAGAGAGGAGGAGAAGAGGGAGAGAAGCCGGGAGGAACACAAGGCAGCAAUGGAUAGCAGAGUGGCUCAGCCUGACCCUGGGAUGGCAUGGAUUCACACACAGCUGCUGGCUACCAUCCAGCACUCACACUAGGCUGCUAACACCAAUGAGCUCCCAUGUGUUCGUUCAGCCAUGCUUCCUGGGUAUGGAUUCUCACCUUUUCCUGAUUUCCAACCCCACCUUCACUCUCUUCGCUGCCGAGGAGAGAGUCCCAGCAUGUGGAUCCCUGGCUCAGGGGAGUCCCAGGCUCUGAGCGAGGCCCAGGAGGACAGGCCUCUCCUCCACCCCUGUCACCACAAGCAUGUCGCCGUGUGCCAGCAGGAAACAUUGGCGUUUAUUGAGCUACAGCCACCAGUGACUCCUAAACUAAACGGUCUCGGCUCUCCGAGGCCGACUGUUAUUCCAGAGGCACAAUGCACGACACACUCUGUGACCCUGAAUUGUUUCAGACACAAACUAAAUGAACUGAAUGACAAGCAGAACGGCUGCCACAGGACAGACAAUGAGCACGAAACAACGUUGAAUUUGAACUCUCAUACACCUGCGAGUGACUGUGAGCUUGAAUGCCAUAACGGCAUCAGGACUUCUUUGCAGGAGCAGACAGAAAAACCUCGUAGUGUCACAACAAUAUGUCGUCCUCUCUACGCGGCGCUCAGCCUCCCUCUGCCAUUCCCUCUGUCCUCUCUAUACUCCGACAGAGACUCCUGGGAAUCUCAGUUACCUUGCUCCCCAUCCUCACCUGAAGGUCCCGGGUUUCAGAGCCUUGACUCCUGCCAGCUGCAGAGGAGGACGUCACAGGGUUCACUGAAAGAGAAGUCUAUCCGGCGAAAGAUCCAGGUUUACUCCCCAGACAGCCAGAGCGAUGAAUCUCUCAGCAGCCCAAUCCUGGACGCAGACUACAUCUUCCCAGGACCUUUUGCAUCUUUCCUGGAGGAGGACCUCAGUGGAUUAUCUUCUCUGGAGGCCAUUUCAAGCCCUUCAUCCACAGACGAUGAUAUUUUUAAUCUACCUGCAGAACCCCUGCAAAUAAUAGAGGACUCAAUGCCAGGGGUGGGGGAAGACGGCGGGAGUGUAGAAACGUCAAGUGCCACAGGGGGGAGCUUUUUUCCACGCAGUCGUCAGGGGGAUCAAGAACGGCGGCGCUUCUCAGCUUCAGAACUGAUAUCCAGACUGCAGCUGUCUCAGAGGAAGAGCUCCUUCACCUUGAAGCUGGGGAAGUCGCUGUCUGCACGGGUCGCCUCCAGAGACAGACAGAGCGCCAACAGCAUCAGCCCCAACGCCGACUAUAAGUCCAACUCCAGGCACCGCAGCUCAGGAGGCUCUAGUGAUAGCGCCCCCCACAGUCCUGUAGGACCUACACCCACUCUGCCAAGCAGUGACAAUGGCAUGCCUUUGCAUCGGUGGAGCACAAAACUCGGAAUACGGAAGAAAUCCAUAGAGGAAGAGUUCUGCACGCUUCCAACUGUCGCUAGUUCGAAUCGCUUAUCACGGUUUUUGCCUAGUUCGAUUCUGUACCAGGAAUACAGUGACGUGGCCAUCAACAGAGAGAUCCAGAGGCAGCAGGGGAAGGAGCCGGGCACAGAGGAGGAGGGGCUCAGGGAUGAGGGUUCAGACGGGACCCCGUCUCCUUCUAAUUUGUCUCCAUCCAGCUCCUUUCGCUCAUCACGAGGCUCUGCUUUUGCACUGUGGCAGGACAUCCCCGAUGUUCGAACCAGCGGCCAGCUCGACAACUUCAGCAACGAGGAACGGAAACUACAGGAGGCAAAGUUUGAGCUGGUGACGUCGGAGGCGUCGUACAUUCGUAGUUUGACGAUCGCGGUGGACCACUUCAUGUUAUCGCAGGAGGUCGCCGAGUGUCUUGGCGCUCAGGAUAAGCAGUGGCUCUUCUCCAAGCUGCCUGAAGUCAAAGGUGUCAGUGAGAGGUUUCUUCAGGACCUGGAGCACCGGCUGGAGGAAGACAUUCUGCGUUUUGACGUGUGCGACAUCGUCCUGGAGCACUGCCCGGCUCUGCGAAGGGUUUAUUUACCUUAUGUAACCAACCAGGCGUACCAGGAGCAGACGUACCAACGUUUGCUGCACGAGAACCCUCGUUUCCCCGGCAUCCUGGCUCGUUUGGAGGAGGACCCCAUCUGCCAAAGACUUCCUCUGACCUCUUUUCUGAUCCUCCCGUUUCAGAGAAUCACACGGCUUAAAAUGCUGGUGGAGAACAUCUUAAAGAGGACGACACCGGGUUCCCGGGAUGAGGACACUGCCACUAAAGCUUUCAAUGAGCUAAAAAAGAUCAUCAAAGAAUGUAACUCCAGUGUGCAGUCGAUGAAGAGGAUGGAGGAACUUAUUCACCUCAAUAAGAAAAUCAAUUUUGAGGGAAAGAUCUUCCCUCUGAUCUCUCAGUCCCGCUGGCUGGUGAAACACGGUGAACUCCUGGAGGUGGACACUCAGAUGAUGAGUAUUUCCGGUUCAAAGCUCAAGUUGCCCACCAAGCCUGUGUACCUCCACCUGUUCAAUGACUGUCUGCUGCUGUCCAGGAGGAAGGAUACGUGGAAGUUCAUGGUGUUCGUUCACGCCAAGAUAGGACAGCUGAAAGUGAAGGACCUCAGUCUGAAGCUGCAGGGCAUCUCAGGCUUCAUCUUCCACCUGCAGCUGUGUGAAGGCCAACAGCUCAAACACCAGAUCCUGCUCAAGUCACACACUGAGAGCGGGAAGCAGAGAUGGAUCACAGCCAUGUUUCCAUCUGAUCCACGCGAAGACAUCGAGCAUGCCAGUGAGAAUGAUGAUAUAUCCCAGGUUCAGUGCAUCAAAAGCUAUCAGGCCCAAGAGCACGAUGAGUUAACGCUGGAGAAGGCCGACAUUCUUCACGCUAAGACCAUUACAAGUGAUGGCUGGGUGGAAGGCAUCAGACUAUCUGACGGGGAGCGGGGCUGGUUCCCCAAAACCUACGUGGAGGAAAUCACAAGUCGCAGCGCUCGCCUCCGCAACCUCCGAGAAAAUAUCCGCAUCAAAUGUGUCACGCAGAAACUGGAGGGGGAAGACUAACCACUUUUACUGCAACUUGUCAUGUGUCAAAGGUGCAUUUUUAAGAUGAUUUUAGAUGGAUGUGGGACCCACAGUAUGUCGUAUAGCAUGCAGGUGCUAAAACAAGCCAGCAUUUUCCUCUAGCAUGCUACCUACAGAUACAGUCUUGAAAUGAGAGAGGCUUUUAUACAAUAAGAGUCUGUUGACAAACGUUCACAUUCGGCCAAUUUUUAAGAUUAUUUUUUGGGCUUUAUUAGAUAUAGCUGAAGAUAAGACAGGAAAGGGGGAGAGAGCGGGGACGACAUGCAGCAAAGGGAAGCGGGGUCGGAUUCAGACCCAGGCCACUGCGGUAAGGACUCAGCCUUGGUGGUUCUCAACCUGGGGUCGGGACUUCUAAAGGGGUCGCGAUAUCAUUUCUGGGGGUCGCAAGAUGACAAAAAAAUUAAAUAACAUAUUUUUUUCUACACUAAUCGCCUGUAUCAGUGAUAUAGUUUGCCUCAGAAUAGAUAGAGAGUUGCAUGGAGAGUGCAUGCACAUGAGUUUUUGACGAGGGAUUUCUGGCGGGUUAGGGGCCGAGAAAAAGUCACGCAACGUAUCAAAAAUCUACAGUAUGUGGAGCUCAUUGGACAACGCUUAGGUGCUAGAAAAACAAACAAAACUGUCAUCACAAAACAAAGCAAUAUUUAUUUACAUUUAUGUAUCAAAGCAUUCACAAUGAUCACUCAAAAUCAGCUAGGAAGGAGUGUAGGAAGGAGUGUAGAAACGGCUGUUUACACCGGUUUUGCAGCACUCAACACCUAAUUAGUGUGGGGGUGUCGUGACUCGAAAAGGAUGAGAACCACUGCCUUAGUACGUGAGCUACCGAGGCAUCCCGACAUGUGGACAUCUUUUAACAGUUUUGCCACACUGAAGUUUCUAGACAGAUUCCCUCUUUGGACUGUCUCAUGCAGUCAGCUGAGCUCUGUGAGGUGCAGGAGAUUCACUCAUGUAGUGUUACAACACCAGGAAGUCGCUCGAGGCAGAUCCUCCUACUGAGCUGUGUUAGGACACAUCAGAGGCCUUUUAUCUUUUAUCUUUGUUCACACUGUGUGUUGCUUUAAUUUCCGAAGGCAGAUAAGAAAUCGCUCUGCUGUGUAGUCAACACACUCAACAAAAUGUACAGUUUUUUUUAGUGAUUUAGUCCAUCCCAUAUCUGAUACACUACAGUGCAUCAGUUCAUUUCCAUCCAUGUGGAUUGAUAAAAAAUCCUUGGCUCUUUAUUAAAGAGGACGACACCCUCCCUGUACGCACUGUAAAUAGUCUGUAGUAACUAUGACUGCAUGAACUCUGGUCGUUGUCCAGACAAGGCAACUGCAGAAUGACGGUUUAAUUUCUUUAAAAAGAUGAUUUCACGAUUCUUCUGUAACAUAAAUGAAGGACAGACUAUCCUCUUAACAAGGCCGCACUACGCAAAUACUUUGUUAGGGCCCUAAUCUGAUUAAAGGAUUAGGCUGACUAUAUUCUGUAUUUUUAUUAAUGUCAACAAAUCCCACGAAGAGACCAAAACCAACAAUGAAUUCAUCCUGCUGACAAAUAUUGUCUAAAGCCUGAUAUCAGGGAUGCUGGAAGACAGACGGAGUUGGGGGUUUUUCACUUAAAACUAUGCAGUUUUACAUCAUUUUGGAUCAUUAUAUUUACUAUAGAUAACACCCAAAAGCUUAAAGUAAUAACUUACUAUAGUUGAAUAAUUAUUUUAUUAUUUAUAUAUAUAUAUAUAUUAUAUAUUAUGUAUAUAAUCACAGCCUUCGUUUGAACAUUUAAUUCUAAAAUCAUACUCUAAAUCAAAGGAGCAGCUUCAGAAAACUGAACAUGAUUAGCGUUCCUCGUCCGGACGCUCUCCACGUUGUUUUUACGCAGCUCAAAAAAAGGGCUAACCCUGAUUUAAAAAAAAAAAAAAAAACCUUGAACAUCAAUAUACUUUAUGUCGAAGCAGCCACAGCAACUACACAGUCAACAACACGGAGCCAAUGCAUGAGAACUGAGGAGAGGAAGAGGGAGCGAGUUGUAGUUGAUCACACAUACACCAUCCUGCUGAUGUAAAUACUGACUAGAGCACCAAAUGUGUAUUAAUCCACAGCUGAAAGUAGUCCCCAACAAAUGCACUAUUUACUCCUGUUUGAGUAACGUUUGCUAAAAAACCUACAGUGCUCAGCUGUUUUAGUGAAUGAUUUAGCUUUUUGUAAUAUUGAAACUAUAUAUUUGUGACUCAUUUUAAAGAUUUCUGUCUUCGGUAGGAACAAGUUUGGCUUGGGGCUGAGCACCACAGACGGGGUAGGGAGGUUUAACAAUGCUGGGUUUGUUCUUUUCAUGGCAUUUGUUGACAGUAAAUUUUAAAAACCAGGAAAUGGAGACUUACCAAAAUACAAAUUCACCUCGGCACCCAUAUAAAUCAAUCAUCUGUGUUGUAAAAGUGCUUCACACGUACUAAUUUAAAAACUUUAGCUCCAGUUGAAUAUAAGCUAGACGUUGUUUUAUUACACUAAUCAUAAAGGAUCAAGUAAGCUAGUCCUACAUCGUCCACAUCGUUCCCCUCAUUACUUGUAAAAAUCCCCAAAAUGACCAAAAGCGCAGUGUAACUGAGCUGAGAUCUGUUGUUAAUGAACCACUAUAAUCAACAUUCAAAUGUAAACUCUUCCAGUGGCACAUGAAAUGUUUAUAAUAACCCCUUUUUUUUUCUAUAUCUGCGUCUGUUAGUUGUAAUUUAAGUGGUUGCUGUUGCAGCAUGUGUAUUUAUACUCCUCUAGCUGGUCGUUCUCUAAGGAGAUUCUGAUGUAAAUGUACUUUACUGUAGAUGGCUUCAUGUAUAAAGAGUAGAAGAUGGACUGUAAUUUAUAUGAACAAAGAUUCCACAAAUAUUAUUACUUUCUAUAACUAUAAACUUUUUCAGUUUGAUUCAUUUCUAAUACCACAUUAAUAAAUAUAAGUACUGU